AUGAGAAAUAUUGCACGUAAUGCUAAGGGAAUACGUGGAGUAGGAUACUUAAGGAAAGACUUGUAUAAUACUUGUGAGAAGUUCAAGAAAGAAGAGAUAAAAGACGGCGACACCGAAAGUGUCUUAGCAUAUUUACUUGGUAAAACAGCUUCUGACCCGAACUUUUUUCUUAGAUAUACUCGACAUCCAACUACCGGGGUAUUAGAAAAAAUGUUUUGGUGUGAUGAGAUUAGUCAAGGGGAUUACAAGGCUUUCGGCUCGGUAAUUGCGUUUGACACGACUUACAAAGUCAACGCAUACCAUAAAUAUUUUGUUGUUAUUGUUUGUGUGAACCAUCACAGAAAGACUGUGCCAUUUGGUGUUGCUCUUGUUGCAAAUGAAACAACAUAUACCUACAUAUGGGUGUUAAAACAAUUACUUGAGGCUGGUGGCCAAUUCCAUCCCUAUACUGUUGUCACAGACGGGGACAAAGCCAUGGAAAAAGAAAUUCGGGCGGUGUUACCAAAGGCUGAUCACAGACUAUGUCUUUGGCAUCUAAUGCGUAAUGUCAAGGGUCACACAAAUAGACGGUUUUGCAACGGGUUCAUGAAAUGCGUGGAUGGAGCUCGGACACCAAAUGAGUUCGAGGAGGCGUGGGAAGAUUUAAUGAAAGCAUACCCCAAAGUCAGAGAUAAAAAGUGGGAAAAAGUUCUGUACAGUGACAAAAGCAAAUGGGCAGAGGCUUUUAUUGUUGGACAAUUUUAUGCAGGUAUGAGAAGCACCCAAAGAUGUGAGUCCAUGAAUAGCACACUGAAAACGGUCAUAACAUCAAAAAUAAUGUUGUAUCGAUUUGUUGAGCUGUAUGAUCAAGUUCUUGAAAUUUUCCGGUUUAAAGAAGAUCAAGACGAUUACAUAUCCACACACAAGUUCCCUGUUGUUGGUGGUGUCUUGACUGAAAUUAAAACCCAAGCUGCGCGAACUUAUACAAAGAACACUUACAAUUUGUUUUGUAAGGAACUCAAUUAUGAAUCAAGGCACGUUGUGACUAAAGUUGAGGAAGAUGAAAUGCAUGUUGAUGGGGCUUCUGUUACUUUUUGGUUAAAUGACUGUGUGGUGAAAGAGUGUAGGUACGUUGUUUGUUUAAACAAGAAACUACAACAAAUGGUAUGUUGUUGUAUGAAGCUUGAGUCCAUAGGCAUUCCAUGUCGACAUAUGUUUGAAUGCAUGAAACAUUAUAGAAUGGUUGAGCUACCAGUGGGUGUAAUACUCCGAAGAUGGACAAUAAGAGCAAAGCUGCAUCUUUCUGAUAAUUACAAGCAACUUCAACUUAAGAAGACAAACGAUCAGUCAUCAUCAAAUGGACGCUUUGCAUUUCUAAGUGCAUUAAGCAAUCAGCUUUGUAGAAUGGUGUCUACCUCCUAUGAUCGAUCAAUUUGGCUAAAGGACAAACUAGCAAAGAUGAUUUUGGAAGUUGAGAAAGAGAAAACAUUCCCUAACAAAAAGGAAGCAGCAGUUUGUUAA